AUGAUUUCACCUUCGAAUCUCAUCUACAAAGAAAAAAUACCAUUGAGACACAACCAGAAAGAUUCAAACCGAACUGGAACUAUGAAAUCAGCUUUCAGUAAUUUCAAAAGGCGUUUCUCAUUGGCCGACCCCAAAGCCUCCGAAGCUUCUCAUCAUCCGAAUCGACUACACAAACCGGAUACAAGAGCGAAGACUGAAGCGAUCUCAAUCAAUGAUACUUCUCCUAGUCCGAGUCAGAAAGACAAUCAAGUAUCAGAUAUCACGUCGCUUAAGUCUAUCAAAGAAUCUGAAGAGCCUAUCGAGAUCUCGACUGAGGCUGAGGCUGACGAGGUAGCUAGCGUUUCCCCAGCUUCUCCCACUGAGGCUACGCCAAAGGAAGAAGCCGUACCGAUCCCCGAAUCACCACCGCACAUAUUCGCUGGACUGAACGGUGGGCCCGGGAAUCUUGACUCGAGUGGCAAAAAUGGUGAGGACAGUGAAAAGACUGCUGAAGUCAAGCGUGAUAUCAGCGCUCGUCUAGAGUAUGAUAGGGAUGGUAACUUGAGGAUUGAAGGCGCAACAAUUGCGCAGGAAGACUUUCAAACCCUGAAACCUGUGAUCCGAGAAAAAGUCCAUCAUCAUGUAGUUGAAGAAAUUCAAAAGGUCAAGAUUCGAGAAAGACAUAUCACUCAUAUUCGACACCAUGUUCAACCUAUCACCCAAUCUGUGGGGUUUCGACACGAAUCUAACACGUACCGAUUAGGAGCUCUAAGCGCUGAGGAUCCCACACAGGUCGUUACACUGGAUCAUGCUCAAAUUGACGACAUGAUUCGUCAUCAUCUUUCGAAAUUUCAAGACUCUGAACUCGCUGAACAUCAUUGCCCACCUACUUCGACGGUCGUCUUGCCUGACAUUGAGAAAGAAACGACGGUUGUGCACAAGUAUGAGAUCAUUCAACCUGUUAUCGUCGAACCUGAUCCUCAGUUCAGGUUCAGUUUUCGGGAUGACAGAGACCCUAUCUCGAAAGACAUUGUGGUAGGAGCAGACGGAGCAAUGGCAUGCAAAGGGGGAGUAGAAACUGAGAUUCUCAGGUUGACAUCUAUGGUCAAAGAACUCAAGGUUGAAAAUCAUGAUUUGAGGUCACGCUUGAAUUUGGAAACUCAAAAGGUUACCAACAUCCAACAUGAAGUAAUGGAAGCAAUCCGAUUGACAGAGAUUCGACUUUAA